GAUUGACCAAAAUCAUGAUGCCGAGCUCUUUGACGGCGAAGCCGCACAUCUCCCUACAAAGAUAGAUUCGCCGACCACCCAACCCGAAACACCUAUCAAGAACCCGAACAAACCCCCACUGGCUGAUGGGAUCGCCCUCGUCCUCGCAGAACCCAAGGUGAGCGCGGAACAUGCGCAUUUUCUCCUGCCACCCUCCCAAUUGAGCCCAGAACGCGAAAAGACGGCCCCGUAUACGGACACACAUCCACAGAUCUCUAGGAAGAUAGGAUCUGGGUUGCCGGUGAUCAAUGAGAAUCAUGUCGAAGCCCCGGAUCUCAUGGAUACCGAUGACCUCACAAUCGUUGCUGAAACCAAGCGCCUGAACAUCGACCCUUUGGUGCAAGAUGACAGGGCUGCCGAAGAAGAAGGACCUGUUGAAACAUACGAUAUGCCAAUCCUCCAUGAUGCUGAAGGUAACAUGGUUUCCGAGAUGCAAUCUCGUUCCAGCUCAGAAGAUGACGAUGCUGUGGAGGAAUCGAUGGUCACUCUUGCACCGGCGUCUUCAAGGCACGACAGUCUCGCAAUGCACAAGUCAAAUCUGGAGAUCUCUUCACAAGUCGACACAGCUUCUCAAGAGCCACCGGUGGACGAGUCGAUAAAGCCAAAAUCACUUGUAAUCACAGAUGUAGUACAAGUACCGCCACAUACUACCAGCAAUGAUGACGGUGGAAAAGCUAUCCACAGUAAUUUGGAGGCACUGGGCGGACUCCGGAAGCAAGAGGAUAUCGAAGGGCCGUGGCAAGCGGAACUGCGGGAUGCGGCUGAUGAACAACCAUCUGAUGUUCUCUCCAAAGCUCUACCCUCAGGAUAUCGUGAUCUUAGCGAUCAGUCGAUCAGGAAUUCUCCAGAGAUCACAGCUGGAGAGGUUUCGGUGCGAGCGAGUCCACUUUUGGCUGCUCCAAUGUCCGAAUUGCUGCUGGAAAACAAUGUGACCCUACCGCCUCUGCCGUUUCCAUCUGAAGACGAUGUACGCCAUGAGACAUCUCAGGAAUCGCCUGCUAAAUUGUCUGCGGAUGAAGGGGACACAAUUGCAGCGACACUAAACCAUAGGCUGUCCAAGCCUCCCACCCCAUCCGCCUUGGAGCUGAACACUACGGUGAAAGGUCAUACCACUGCACUCGACGUCGAGUAUAGUACCAGUGUGGCAGUGAUUCCCGAAGAAGAUCGGAUGGAAGAUGUAUCGUUUGCCCACGCUCAAGAGACUGCCAAAGAUCUUGGUUCUAUUACGACGGUGCCUGAACCAAAAGCUCAGCCUACUCACCCCCAUAAGCGCUUGAGAGCAUCCAGGCGCACAACGAGCAUUUCCGAAACUGAUUCAGACGGUCCAGUGAAAAAGAAGCCGAUGAAUAAUGCUGCUUCCCUUGCUAAGGCGCGUGCUAGCAAAGCUGCAAGCAAGAAGCUUAGCAAAGCUCCCAAAGACCAGGAAGACGAAUCUACGCCACCGCUAGUUAAGAGCAGACGUGCUGCGGCCAAGUCGAGGAAAGAGGCUGCUCAUGUGGAUAUUACCAACGAAGAAACAUCUCUAUCAACCAAGCAUGCUCGAUCUGAUCAGCGAGGCGACAGUGCCGACAUGGAAGAGCACUACAGCGACGUUGAGAAGCCGGCAACACCUAGCAAGCAAACACCCGCCGGUGAGAUCGUUCUAGGUACACCGAUGUCGAGACCGUCAGUCUCAAAGCAUGAACUUCAGGACCUCACGACGACCCUAUACAGAGAGCGCCCGUCAAAGGCAAAGCCUAUAUCACGCAAGCUGUUUUCACCCCAUAAGUCGAAUGCUUUAGGCGAACUCAUGUCGAGCAUGCCGGCUCCUGCAGACUCGCAAACUGUUCCAGUAAGCGAUACUGACACUAUUGGUCUUUUUAGAGACUUGGGCGUCCCUGAUACCACUACCAAGGCACUCAAACGUUCUGCACCAAAGCCCAGGGCUACUCCAGCGAAAGCUGCGAGGGCGAAGAACGGUCCAACGGCUUCAGGACCCACGAAGAAAACUCCAGCUACUCGUACUACAAGGAAACGCAUGGCUGCGCCUAAGAAAGAGGAAAAUACCAAGUCGAAGGAACAGGAAGAGUGUGAAGUAUCGGUUGUAUUAACAGAGCCAAAGAUUGAUACUAAAGGAUCUAGCCCCGAGAUGGACGUGCCCUUACCGCCGAGACCCCUCAGAAUCACCAGUAGGAUGAGCCUCUUAGAUGACCCAGUCAAUGAGCACGCCAAGCUAGGCAGUGAAAAAGCUCUAUUAUCCGAUACCAGCGAGCCCGAAGGCGAUGACGAUGUACCUCAAGACAUCGACGACCUUGAAAACGAAGAUGAAGACGACGACGACGCCGACUUCGAAGACGCACAAGACACCGUCGAAGCAUCUGGUGACGACGAUGACUCGGACAACGACACUCCCCCGCCGUCCAAGAAGCCAAAGCUCAAAAACAAAUCCCUGAUACUCGGUGGCCAUACCAUCCGCCAAACCAGGUCUCGCGCCACCACCACCCCAGCUCGCAGCAUCUCUUCCAAAGCCGCAGCACCCGCCAAGAACAAAUUCGGAUUCACACAUCCCCUAACACGACAGGCGAAGAAAGUUGCCAACACCUCUACCGCACCUGCUCCAGCUAAACCCGCGCCGAAGGCCUCUGCAAAAAGCAAGGGCAAGAAGGCAACUGCUUCGGUAGCUACAGUGAGUCCGGAGCCGGCUAAGCAGCCUUCUGUGCGUAAGACGCGCCAUGCGUCUGCGAUGGAGGAGGAGGAUAAGGUCGAGUCCAAGAGGAAUCUUAGGAGCGGCGGUUGAUGAGGUUGAGCUCAAGUUAUAUUCGUGGAGGGUUCGAAGGGUUGGGCGUAACUUGGGUAGUUGGAUGAUGAGAUGCUCAUCGUGCCGUUAGCAUGAGACGAGUGAGAGGUGAAUUGGAUAGGGUACAGCGCUCUCGCAUGUACGUAAAAACAUCCAAUCGUAUCCAUCUG